CACAUUUGUUUUGAUGCCGCGCCGGUUGCACGCUUGCAUGCUUUGCUAGUUUCGUCGCUUUCGUUGUUUUUGUCUUGCAUUGUGCUACCACUGUGGCUGUUAUCUGUACCUGUGGGCAACGCAAACCGAUCGUUGUCCGUUUACCUGACCGCAGCUGCCGUAGAUACCUACAAACAUGGGAGAAGUCGCGCAGAGCAGCAGUGGAACGUCACUGCAAGAAUCGAGUACGUCCAAAAGCGAGAAAAGAAAAGUACGCAGGCGAAAGAAGAAACUUUUCAAGAGCAUUCGAGACCAGAUGGAGUUCUACUUCAGUGACGCCAACCUUCGCAAGGACCGUUAUAUGAACGAGCUAGUAAUGAAAGACGACGAAGGAUACGUGGAUCUCGAGGUGUUCUUGACCUUCCACAAGAUCCGGUCCCUAACUUCAGACGUCAAAGACAUCGCAGGUGCCAUUGCUGCAUCGGAGUUGCUCCAGAUGGAUGAGGAGCACAUGCGGGUGCGACGGUGCGCUGAUCUCACAGCCAAGACUGAUGUGGAUGAAUGCACUUUGUAUGUUGAGCGGUUACCGCUGCACGCUGAUCAUGCAUGGCUGAAAGGAGUCUUCAGUCGAUAUGGGCGGGUGGUCUACGUAAGCCUUCCCCGGUACCGCCACAACAACCGCAUUAAGGGGUUUGCUUUCAUCGAGUUCGCUGCACCUGAAGAUGUUGACAGAGCCUGCCAGCACUUUGGCUAUCAAGACGGGAGCAGCAGGCAUUCCAAUGUGGCCGCAGGCCCCACUGCAGUCGCUGAUGAAGUGUUGGAAGACAAAGGAGAGAAGUCUGAAGACGAAGAUGCUCCACCUGCGAAAAGAAGAAGAGAGGGGAGCAGCGAGACAACUGGACAUGUGGCAUUCUCCGUGGACAUCAAAGCAGAUGAGGAUAAGGAGGACGUUGCAACCACUACUGACGCCGAGAGCUCGGACACUGGCACAGCAAAAGGGGAGCUUGAAGUGCCAGGAGGCACUGGAAUGGAAUGCUCAAUGUUGAUGCAAGCUAAAAGGAAGAAGAAAUUACGCAAGCGCAAGAAGAAGACACAACACUCAGAGUCCAAAGAGCAGCAACCCUCAUUGUUAGUAAUGCCAAAAUGUGAAUGGAAGCGCCUGAGGAACAAGUACCUGGCCCUGCAGAAGGCUACAAUGGCACAAAUCAAGCGCUCUCUGCUGCUACCAUCAUCGGGGUGCACCCCCGCUCCAUCCCCAAGCUACACACUUUCUUCCCCAGUACAAGCAUCAACUGACUCCGACAUGAUUCUCACAUCUCAGGAAGAUGAGGCUUGGGAGAUGUCCUCGGACAGCAAAGGGAAUACGGAGCUACCAAACAAUAUGGACACAGCGCAAGCCCCGCCAACACUGCAGUUUCAGCCUGGAGUUAUUGUCAAGCUGGUCACUGAAAAGCCAGUCUCCAACACUGCCGAGUUCAAGAACAAGAUCCGGCAGCUGGCCAAUGUGGCUUACGUGGAUGUUAUGGAGGGGGACAGCGUCGCGUAUGUGCGUUGUGCUGAUCCUGAUGGAGCCUACCAAUUCAUUGAGAACCAGAAGGAGUCUUUCUGUGGUGCCCUCUCCCUGCUUGCUGGGGAUGAGGAGAAGUCUUACUGGGAAAAGAUAAACCUGGACCGGGAGACACGCCGCAACCAGAAGACCAGACAGAAGAAACGAGGUGUUGAGAAGGUCAUGGCAAAGGCCCAAAAGAUGAUGGAGAAGAAAAAUCUACACAUCCGUUUUGAUGACCUCUGAAGCCAAGACUUCGAAAUCAAAUAUUUGUGCAACAUCCAGAUCAGCACAAGGAAAUAGUUGAUAAACCUUAUGUUGAAUUCCAAAAAUUAAAAUGUGGAUGAAAGUAAAACGUAGUAGCUGAUAGCUAGCACAGCUUUUCUUUACAUCAUCAAAAAAUGCAGUUUGGUGAAGAUAUGAGCUAUGACAUAAUUCUUAUGUAUACACUUGCACAUGCUUAAGUUCUCAGCCCAUUGCUUUCGCGUUGCUCUCUCUAUUCUGCAAGGGUACUAGGUGGCCUGUGAAAAGACAUAACCAGGAGUACUUCCAGGUUUAAUUACACAGCAUGAAACCUGAAGUUAAUUGAGCAACUAGAAGUGCAGCUGAACCUCAAUAUAUAACAAACUUUGAUAUGGGAAGUCUUGCGAUGUAAAAGUAUUUUGUCAUUUCUCUUAUAAGCAGUUUUCCUAGGUAGUUUAGAAAAACAUGUUUUUCUGGCAGCUCUCGAACUCAUGGGCAGAAAUUCUGGAGCUGCACCAGUGUUUGUACAAUUAUUGCACUAUCAAUGCACAAGUCUCUUGCCUGCUUUUGCACAUACACGCAUUCAUCCAUGACGACUGUUCUAAAAACUCAUGGAGUCAACUAAAUGAAAUUUUCAUUGUCAAAAAUUUUCGCUGCCAGCACAACUUUUUAUAUUAAUAUUUGACUUUCGUAGUUUGAUUAGCACCAGGUCAGAACUACUUUUUCUGUUUUUCCUCAUAUAGCUUCUAACCUGUACUCCAUUUCGUACUUUGCGUGCAACGCUGUGGAAGCUACAGAAGUUUGGUCGUCAAAUAGUGCCUCUCCACUCCUUUCAUGUCGAGUGGUUGAGAGAUUCAGCUCUGAAUCAAAAAGGCCUGCAUUCAACCCCUAGCCUGAACAAUUUCUCUCUCUCUCACUCUUUUUAAAUAUACGGACACUUGAAAAUUUGCCUCGUGUAAAUUUCCUUCAAAUUCUUUUGAACAUCGUAUCAAUUUUGUGAGAUUAGACGCAAAAGCAGAUGCAGCUAUCUGCCUGCCAAUCUGCUAUUCAUGCCCUCAGCAUUCGCAUGAGGCUACCAAGACUGGCUGCAAAAGAAAAACCCAAAAGGGAAAGCAACAAAAACCUAAUUGAUCUAAAGCAAUGCAUUAGAAUCAGAAUCAGUUUCAUUUUCCUCAAGGAAAAAUGGACCCCAGACAAAAAGCUGCUCAUUGAGCAGCUUGACGAGGCCUGGGGCCCUACAGGCAGUGGCAACAGCGGCAAAACAGCAGUGUAUGUCGUACACCCGUACAAGAAGAAAAAAAGCAACACAAGAAGCAAACAAAAUAAAAAGAAAGAAACUGUUCGCACCAAGCUGUGAAAGACGAGAAAAAAAUACAUAUUGCAUAUGCGUACACCAAUGCAAAACUAUAUUGUACACUGACAUGUUAUAUUCACACAUACACACGCAAACACCCGUAGAAGUGGUGCGCAUACGCCCCUAUAUAUACAUAUAUGUGCACCUACAUAUACAUUCACAUAUACACACGCACAUGGCAUAUAUACACUCACAAUUCAAGUGCACACAUGUAUAACUUCAAGUUAAAAUUUUUAUGAAGAAUGAACUGUUACAAAAACGGAGAGCGAGAGAGAGAAAAAAAAAGUGAAUUUAUACAAUGCCUGCAAAAUCAUUCCAAACUAAUCCACACAAAAGAACGCACAACGCCAAAUGUAAACUACAUGAUAUAAAUCUGUUACUGCUGAUUAAGCAAUUUUGUUUAAAAAGUAUUCAAUUAAAGCACGUUUAUUGCGGGGCCAUCAAUUAAGGUCGUAUUAUUGUUCAGGGUGUAAGGUAUUAUAUACUGUAACAUUCGUUGACCGUAAUUAGUUCGAGUUUUGGGAAGACACCACUUUUCUAAUUGUCGAGUGUUGGCUGCCGGUACGCGUUCCUUGAGCGCUGAUAUUCUGAUAAGGAAGUUAGUAUGAAACAUGUUUUUAGUGGUGAAUAAAGAAACAAUAAUGUGUGGCAGCAUCACAUUGAUGAGCAGAAUUUUUAACCGAAUAAAAAGCGGUUUGGAGUGUG